ACCAGUCAGAAGCUCCGCUCCGUGAACUGGAUGCUGACAGUUCUCCGCGCGGCGGUGCGGUCACCAUGCAAAGGUUAGCCGGGACCCGCUCUACGAGGCCGCCCCCCCUGCCCCUCCUGCCCCCCCGCCGCCCCAGCAGCAGCAGCAGAAGCAGCCGCAGCAGCGGCGGGAACAGCCGCCCGGAGCGGGUCUAGCAGCAGCAGGAAACACGGACUACUGGUCGUUCACUGGCUGCUCGCAGCGACGCAGGUGUCGGAGAGGAUGGACUUGUUCCCGGGGGUCCCCUCUCCUCCCUCCCCGCGCUGAAGCGGCCCCAUGAGCGUCCGCAGCAGCGGUGGAGGUGGAGGUGGAGGAGGAGGAGGCGGGAGCUCCGAGCCGCCAUCUUGGUCGCAGCAGCAGCUCUCCUCGGCGCCCGCGGCCCCGCAGCUGCUCCCGGCCAGGGCCAAGGAAGGCCCCAUGGAGGAGCUGCACAGCCUGGACCCCCGGAGACAGGAGCUGCUGGAGGCCAGGUUUACAGGAGCUGUCAGCGGCAACACAGGAGGCAGCACUGGCAGCACCAGCGGAGGUGCUAAGGGUCUGGCCAACGAGUCGUCCAACCACAGCUAUGGAAGUCUGGGCUCAUCAAGUGACAAGGAGUCGGAGACCCCGGAGAAGAAGCACUCUGAAUCGUCCAGGGGGAGGAAAAGGAAAGCCGAUACCUAUUCUGAGAGUAGUCAAGGGAAGACUUCCAUACGUGCUGCCAAAAUCAGUGACUAUUUUGACUUCCAGGGUGGGAAUGGUUCCAGUCCGGUCCGAGGCCUCCCGUCAGCUCGCCGCUCUCCGCAGAACUCACACUCCGCUCCAGGUUCAAUCAUUCGUCAGAACAGCUCGUCUCCCACCAGUCUGUGUUUCGUGGAGCACAACCUCAAAGCCUCCUGCAGCAAAUCUAUCCAGACGGAGCUGACGGGCCUGAAACUGGCUGAUCUGGAGAGCAACAAGAGUCUGGACCUGGAAAAGAAAGAAGGUCGGAUAGACGACCUGCUCAGGGCUAACUGUGACUUGCGGCGACAGAUUGACGAACAGCAAAAACUCUUAGAAAAAUACAAGGAGAGACUAAACAAGUGCAUCACAAUGAGCAAGAAACUUCUGAUAGAGAAGAGCAACCAGGAGAAGCAGUCAUGUCGGGAGAAAAGCAUGCAAGAUCGUCUCCGUCUCGGGCAUUUCACCACCGUCAGACACGGCGCCUCCUACACGGAGCAGUGGACUGACGGAUAUGCAUUCCAGAACCUGAUCAAGCAACAGGAGAGCAUCAACCAGCAGAGGGAGGACAUAGAGAGACAGAGGAAGCUGCUGGCCAAGAGGAAGCCGCCCAACCCCGCCUCUCCUGCCCUCUCUGUGGCCUCCACAUCGGAACCAAAGCAGCGCAAAACCAAGGUCGUCAACGGCAACGAUUCUGACCCCUUCGUCAAGCCAUCCCUGCCCCAGCUGCUGACCCUCGCUGAGUACCACGAACAGGAAGAAAUAUUCAAGCUUCGCCUCGGACACCUGAAGAAGGAGGAAGCAGAGAUCCAGGCAGAGCUGGAGCGGCUGGAGCGGGUGAGGAACCUGCACAUCAGAGAGCUCAAGAGGAUAAACAACGAGGACAGCUCGGCUUUCAAAGACCACCCGACCCUGAAUGAGCGGUACCUGCUGCUGCACCUGCUGGGCCGGGGAGGCUUCAGCGAGGUCUACAAGGCUUUCGACCUGUUUGAGCAGCGCUACGCCGCCGUUAAAAUCCACCAGCUCAACAAGAACUGGAGAGAGGAGAAGAAGGAGAACUACCACAAGCAUGCAUGCAGAGAGUACCGGAUACACAAGCAGCUGGACCAUCCCAGAAUAGUCAAACUGUACGACUAUUUCUCCCUGGACACUGACACGUUCUGUACGGUCCUGGAGUUCUGCGAAGGCAACGACCUGGACUUUUACCUGAAGCAAAACAAGCUCAUGUCAGAGAAGGAGGCCCGCUCCAUCGUCAUGCAGAUCGUCAGCGCCCUGCGCUACCUCAACGAAAUCAAACCUCCCAUCAUCCACUACGACCUCAAACCAGGUAACAUCUUAUUGGUGGACGGUACAGCAUGUGGAGAAAUCAAGAUCACAGACUUCGGCCUGUCCAAGAUAAUGGACGACGACAACUACGGCGUGGACGGGAUGGAUCUCACGUCCCAGGGGGCGGGAACCUACUGGUAUCUCCCCCCGGAGUGUUUUGUGGUGGGAAAGGAACCACCCAAGAUCUCCAACAAGGUGGACGUCUGGUCUGUGGGGGUGAUCUUCUUCCAAUGCCUCUACGGACGCAAGCCUUUUGGACACAAUCAGUCGCAGCAGGACAUCCUCCAGGAAAACACCAUCCUAAAAGCCACAGAGGUUCAGUUUCCAGCAAAACCACAGGCCAGCACAGAGGCCAAGGCGUUCAUCCGGCGCUGUCUGGCCUACCGUAAGGAGGACCGGUUCGACGUCCACCAGCUGUGCUCGGACUCCUACCUCCUCCCUCACAUCCGCCGCUCCAACUCCUCCGGCUCCCUGCAGUCCAGCACGGCGGCGCUGCCCGCAUUCUGACCCACACACCACACCCUCAGGGCCGGCUCAGGCAGGACCGCUGGGACCGGAGGAGAACACCGGGGGAGCAACGUCUUUCUCUCCUUUUUUUGAGUUGUUACCAGGAUGGAUAAAUAAGCAACAGAAGAAAAUAAAAAGGAAAACGUGAGAAGGUAAAUAGAGAAAACGGAAGGACAAGAAGCCCUUGGACUCAGAGAGAGAGAGAGAGAGAGAGAGGGCAGUAAAGCGAAUAAUAGAGAUGAGUGACGUGAGGGAAAUAGAAGAGGGCCAGCUCUGUCUGGACGGAGAUAAAGGAAAGUGAGUGUUGCUUCUGGACUAAAUGAAGCGGCGUCUGGAAGCUCCUCCAUGCACUAGAGACCCACGUCUUGUAGCUCCACACGCAUCCCCACAAACAUCCAACUAUAGCAGAACUUUUCCAGGAAACCAAGACUGGUGUCGACAUUAAUCCACCGUUUCACGGCAGCGGAGAGCGACCGGCGGAGCGGGUCGGGGGCUCAGAGGAGAAUCGUGUCCAUCUUAACUUACUCGCAUUUUCAUUUUCAUGGAGUCACGAAAUAGAUGCAUCACAGCGGCUUCACUCUGCUUUUCAUUUAAAAGUGGUGACAGAACCUGGACGGGACUUCCAGCCCAGUUUGUCCACAGGUCCACCGUCUCUACGUAAUCAAAUCAGAAGCAUUUUAAGUGUGCAGAAAAAUGCAAAUCUGUCUUAACCCUUUCCUGUCAUUCAGGUAACAGCCAGCGUGUUGCAACACGAGCUGGACGAGAGUCGGACUCAACACCGGGUUCUCCCAGCUGUUACCGUCGUCGCAGCACACUUUAUUGUACAUUUCAUGUUCAGGAGACAUUACUCUAACAAAUAUCUAAUAGUCAGGUUUUUUCUUGCUUCCUGUUGUCUGUUUGCUCCAUUUUUCUUUUAAUUUCCUUUUCCUUCUCAAAGCUGUUCUCAGUUUGCUGCUAUAAAUGUUGCUUUUAGUUUGUAACGUGAAUGAUUUUCACCUUGCAUACUUGAACCGUUUGAAGAGGAAAUCUCCGGAGCCCGUGCCGUUUUGAGGGAACGCCUCACACUUUUAAAAUGUCUACUUGCAUUUUUUUUUUUUUUUUUUUUUUUUUUUUUGUUAAAGUGUAAAAGCUUAACAGACAUUAAAAGCGAGUCCCGGUAAUGCUUCUGUGGUGGAGAACGGCCACACCAGGUCAUCUGAGUCGCUCCGUCUUUAACUUCAGCUGAGAUUUAAGUUGUUAUAAUAUGUUGUCAUUGUGUAAAUUAAAACAAAAGGAAACAA